CAAUCGACCGCGUCCGCGACCGCGACCAUAGCAAUGAGCGCUCUGGUUCCAGAAACUCCGAAAUCGUCAACAAGGAAAACCAGGUCUCGAGGAGGGUGCGUGCGAUGUCGUCGCCGGCGGCAAAAGUGUGACGAAGGUAAGCCUUGUUGCGAUAGAUGCGUCGAGGCGGGGAGCAUCUGCAAAUACGAAGUCACGCUGAGUUGGGGCGGAAGAUCAUUCGCCAAGUCCACCUUCGGAAAGUGCCUUCAUGAUAUCGAAAGAACGGAUAACACCCCGACAGGCAAUGGCUUCGUCUACAGCACGACCCCUGCCCAGUCGCCUGGGAGGACCACAGCGACGCAGUCAAAUGCCAGCCAUUUGCGAACACUUCAGCCCUCGACAGAAAGCCAUGUGCCGGAAAUCGCACCGUAUACAAAAGAUGGGAAUGUCACCACUACCAAUGCCUUAUUGAUGUUGAGAAGCGAUUGCAUUCCUGAGGCUUCAGUCAGGGUUCAAUCACUAGAUAGUCUAAGCAGCCCGCUGCAAGAGUUACAAGCACCCGUUCCGCGACCGCAACAUCAGAUAUCCUUUCUCCCGCCCAUGGCUCAAUACCUCUUCCAAUUCUACCUCUCUGAAACGAUGAGACUUACAGUCCCCAGCAACUAUGCAAAAACAGAGAUUUGCCGCUUCCUCGUCCCAAUGUCGCUCCAGGAGCCCAGCUUACUCUACGCCGUAAUGGCUUUCGCCGCUAUUCACCUUGAUGCCAUCAGUAUGCUGCCCAGAAACUCGCAACGACUUAUAGACAGUCUCCAUUGGGCAAGCAUCAACCAUCUCCGAAGAUUGUUGGAACAUGCUGACACCACGUCACAAACCGUGGCAUUGGCUACAACGAGAACGCUCUGCCAGGCUCAGAUCUAUGGUGGAACAUCAUUAUGGCGCAUCCAUCUCGAUGGUGCGCGUGCUAUCAUCCAGUCUUCUCAAACAGGCCAAGUGAUGACUCGGCCUAACAUUGCUGUGAACACGGGGUUUUUGGAUAGUUGGUUCCAUAAUGCGGAAGCACUAGCUUCCCUGAGCCCGGCCGGGCUGCUCGGUGGUCAGCUUCUUUUCCACGGCCAGUCUGACUCUGGGGCAUUUCUCGACAUUUACGGUGGCGUCAUGUCUGAUCUUCCAGCAUUGUUCAAAGAAGUCGGAGCUCUCCUGGAAAAGAAGCACACACGGACACCUGAACUCGAACUCGAAACGGAUAAUCUCGUCCAACAGAUCCUUGAUAGGCUUUCCCGUGACAAAGCCGAGAACAUGAUCAUCGCAUCAGAUAUGCUCUCGUCCCUCUCAGCGAAAGAUAUCCAAAACUAUGCCUUCAGCAACGCCGGGUUUCUCUAUAUGGCACUCUUGCACCUGUACUGUAGUAUGAGAUCUCUGCCGCCUUUCGCUGCCGAAGUCCGCUUUUGCGUUGCUCAAAUCAUCAAUUGCGCUCAUAAAAUGUCUCGUGAGUCUGGACUGUCGCCUAGAGUACUGCUAGUCUCACCCUUGUUCACCGCUGGGCUUUAUGCUAUCGGGUCUGCGCGAGAUGAGAUAAGGCAUGAGCUGACAGACAUCGGAAGAUGGAUGAAGACUCCUCAUCUUUUUAAGACACUGGAGCUAUUGGAAAGAGUUUGGCUUCAACAUCCUGAUGACUCCACGCGCACUUGGGAAACGAUUGAAGAUAUCAGCGUUGACUUUCUUCCUUACUAACUCGCAACUACUUGAGUAAAGCUUCGGGCCAUGCCAACUGGUAGAGAGGUGAUAUAGAGACACCAGCCACCAUGGCGAGCACAUAAUAGCCCACCACAUGUUUGGCACUAGACUCUCUCAGUUUCAACGACGUUGAGCUCGACGCUUAACUUUCCAACAGUCUCUCCGACACCAGGUUCCUGCAUUUUGUAACCUCUGAACUUUCUGGCUGGCAGCUUCUCGUUGAACUGUACAGAAUAGUUCGUCCUUUAACCUCAGGCAGGUAGAAGUACACCCAAACAGCACUAAUGAUGCAAGAAGGGAACCAGAUGUAGCCGUAUCGUGGCCCCCAGUUCAGCGCAACGGGGUUGAUGAAGUACGGAGCAGUGAAUGUGAUCAGCCAAGCGCCAAGGAACCCGGCUGCUGCAGCAAGGCCGAAGGUGUAGGUUCGAAGGCGUUGUGAUGGGAUUUCGCCGGCAACCAUCCAUGAAUAUGGAGCUAUCAUGCCCUGAAAGAGAAGAAGCAUGAGAGCGCAACCAGUACUUUGCCGGUGACGAUCGCCCCUGGAUUGUGAUCAUAGACAACUGCGAUGAUCAAUUGGAAGAUUCCAGCAGUUAUGAGGCCACAAAAGAGCAGUACUCGUCGUCUUCCAUAUCGCACAACGAUGCAAACAUUGGUGAUGAUAGCAAGCAUACCUGCCAUGCUGAGAACGUUACUCAUUGCAAAUGGGUCUUGAACCUUGGCCAUGGCGAAGAAGUAGGCCUUGUAAGCUAUUUAAAGUGGCAGCUUGAAGGCAAACAGCACAUAUGGAG